AUAGAACGAGUAGCGAGGACCGAGAAGCAAGUACGCGGUAGCAGAGUAGCUGAGAGUCAAGGGGUGUAUGUACCGAGGUAUACGUCGGUCUUACUAUUACGUUUGGCUCUACCACGUACGAUACACCUCAGCUAAGAACCGUCGAGUCGAUAGUCGUCGCUCUGAAAACGAGCUGAGCCGCAAGAACAUUCAUGUGCUAUAAGAGACCUCCGCUUGCCUUAUCAAGUCUGAAUUCAAUCAAGAUCAAGAUAAAAAGUGAAAAGUUAAGUGAACAUUAGCAAGUGAUCUGACAAUUAUAAUAAUCGGACACUGAAUAUUCAUCAUUAUAAUAGUCGGAGGGGAAGUUCUGGCCCAAAGUAAGUCAAGAGAGGAGAAGUUGUGAAAAUAAGUGCGGAGUAAAUUGAGAAUCAAGAGUAGGAGUCACUGAAGAUCACGACAUACGACAAGUACACCAACGCGAAGAGGAUAACGAGAAGUUUUAUUCCCGAGAGAAGGAGGGGGAACUUGUAGCUGGCAGGAAGGGGAAGAGGAAGGGUUGCCAGCUCUAAGCGGACUCACGAUCACUGGAGUAGAGGUAGAGGUAGAUCUCACCGGAGGUUAGGUGGAGGUGGUGGAAAGUGUCUAGGUGGGAAGUAGAAGGGAAGAGACGGCUAAGCUCGCGUUUAAGGGAGGGUGGGUGGUGGAUCCGCGGAGCGCUGUCGCGGGACUAGACUCCCGAACGGAGGACAGAGGACUGAGGCGACUUAAGAGUCCUCUUCUAUCCUAUAAUAGCUCAGAUAAUUUUUACUUCAAUGAUUUUUUUAUCAAUUUAAUUAAUCUUGUGAUCUUUAUAAUUGAACUGGAGGUGCGAGAAGUGAAAUUUUUAUGGCUCGGUCAAAGAUCAAAGUAGUUAAUAGUGAGCAUAUUUGAAACAGAGUUUGUUGUUAGCGAUGAGAUCUAAAUCUGUGGCGAGGAAACUUGGUCAGGGUAGCAGUGACGAAGGCGAAGCUGCGACAAGCGGAAUCGUUGAAAGCAGCACAGAAAUGGAAGACACGAAUGUUUACAACGAAAACAGGUCUAAUGAAUUGCAGGAGUACGCCUCUACGACCCCUUAUAAAGACGAGUUCGCGGGAAUUCAACGAAGGAGCAAAGAGAGGGAUGAUGAUAAGUGGGAGUUUUCUGAUCGACAGGCUCAUGAUUAUCGAAUGGAUUAUCAGCCAAUAAAACAAGAACCAAAGGACCAGAAAGACCAGCCCCGAGAGUGGUUUCCGCUGAUCCCUUCAGAAGUGGAGGUCGGAAAAUCGUCCUCAGGAAGUGCACUAGUCCGCGCGAGGAAGGAAAUCCCGCGAGGCACAAGAUUCGGGCCGUUUCUCGGCAAGUGGGCCAGCGAGCCGCACAACCCUCGAUACGCCUGGGAGGUUCGUGUCCCAGGAAACGGCGUAAGAGGAUGGCUGGAUGCCUCGCAUGAGCCGAGUAAUUGGCUAAAAUACAUUCGCAGCACUGCUAGUCCACAUGCCGUCAAUAUGCGCCACGUUCUCGUCGCCGGGCAGAUGGUUUACGAAACACUGAGAGAAAUUUCCUCAGGUGAAGAGCUUCUGAUGGGGUUGAGAGAGCCGCUCCAAUUGCAAGACAUGCUGGGAGAGAACACCACCGAAGACAGGACAGACCGCGAGACUGCAUCGCAGCACAGUGGGACUGUCGAUGAGGAUCGCGAGGACGAGGAAGAUUGUGAAAUAAGGUGUCCAGUUUGUGAUAAACCCUUUCAAGAUCUUGAACUAUUAGACAAUCAUUUAGUAACAGGACACCGCUACCCAUCCGACCAACACAUCUGCGAGAGCUGCCCCCGAGCGUACGCCUGGCGUCCUCUGUUAGUGCGCCACCGCGCAAUAAUCCACGGCGACUUACGAAAGUACCCUUGCGAGAACUGCCCAAAGUCAAACACGUCUCAGGUCUUCACGGAUCCAUCGAACCUGCAGCGGCACAUCCGUACGAACCACGUGGGCGCGCGUAGCCACGCUUGCACAGAGUGCGGAAAGACAUUCGCAACCAGCUCAGGCCUAAAACAGCACACGCACAUCCACAGCAGCGUGAAACCAUUCCAGUGCGAGGUCUGUUUCAAAGCCUACACCCAGUUUUCAAACCUGUGCCGACACAAGCGGAUGCACUCCACUUGCCGCAUGCAGCAGAACUGCCUCCGCUGCGGCCAGUCGUUCAGCUCCGGAACAUCUCUAUCAAAGCACAAGCGGUUCUGCGACUCAACCUCAGCCCCAGGGACUCCCACCAGACAAUCUGGCACAAUGCCGCUGCCCUCAGCGACAGCCUCCAACCCUUUUUUAGUCUACCAGCGUCAGCCAGUCUCACUGCCCGGCGGCUUGCCGUUCUACCCUCACAACCUGAUGCCGCCGUACCCUGGACUCUUCCCCAACGCUCCUAGUUUCCUCAACACCCCCCUGCUGUUUCCUCCGAAGCUUCAUCAGCACCAACAGCCCCAAUCUCAGCCAAGUCAGCACCACCAGUCCCCAGAGGUCAAAAGAGAAGAAAUCAAACAUAGUGAAAGCCCCAAAAAGGAAAGAUUCACUCCUCCCCAAAUCUCUCCCAUGCCUCAAGCGAGUAAGGUCUCUCCCUCCAUGGCCGAGGAGGCUACCUCCACAUUCAGACCCUCUCCUGCAAGGCCGCCUGCCCAGCUAACUCCUACUCCUACUCCUAUUCUUACUCCUAACGCGGACAGCGACGAGGAGAGACGCCUUUUGGAGACCAAACCGGCCAAAAGAGAAAAUACUGAAGAAUCUGAGCAGCCUUUGGACCUCAGGGUGCUUAAGAAGCCCAAGGUCGCUCUGGAGGCGCCUUUGGAGGAAGUUCCAGUCAAAGCGGAACCAAUAAAAGCAGAACCUCACUCAGAACCUCACUCAGAACCUCUGAAACAGGAAAAAGAAGACAAAUUAGAGAGUCCUAGACUGACUCACAGAGAAAAUCCUCCGACUCCUCCAAUGGCUUACCCGCGACCUAUCCAUCCGAUGUUCCUUGAAGCGAUGUACCGGCCUACUAACUCCUUUCCGGGGUUCCCAGGACCUCCGCCGAACGAGUCAAGGCUCCUCCCGCCUUUGCACCCCUUUGGACCUCCCAGGAUCCCUUUUUUAGGGAACCUCAUGAAUAAUCUUGGUGGAGGCCGCGGAGACUUUGAUCUUCUGUCGCGUAAUCCUCUAAGCGGCUUUCCUGUUAAGCCCUUUCAGAAUGUGAUGUCUCCGCACCACCCACACCCCCACUCACACCACCACCACGUCUCAGGGAAGGUCAAGGACCGGUACUCUUGUAAGUUCUGCGGAAAAGUCUUUCCCAGGAGCGCGAAUUUGACUAGGCAUUUGAGGACCCACACUGGAGAGCAGCCUUACAAGUGCAAGCACUGCGAGAGGUCUUUUAGUAUCUCGAGCAAUCUUCAGAGACAUGUUAGGAAUAUUCAUGAUAAGCAGCGACCGUUCAAGUGUCCGCUUUGUGAAAGGUGCUUCGGUCAGCAGACAAAUUUGGACAGACAUCUUAAGAAGCAUGAGGCUGAUGAUGGCAGUGUGGUAGUUUCUGUCGCGGAUUCUCCGAGCAGUAGUAAUGAUAAUGAACGCGAGGAUGCCUAUUUUGAUGAAAUAAGGUCCUUUAUGGGAAAAGUCGCGUAUGGAAGUGAUAGCAGUUAUGGUAUGACACAUCCGGCGUAUUUACCGCCGAGGUUGGAUGGGAAGGAAGCUGAUUAUGAUGAUGAUGAGUAUAGUGAGGAGGGGGUCUCGCCUUUGGAUGAUGCUGAUAAUUUGUCUGUUGAGGGGAAAGAGUCGCCGACUAUGGCGCAGCAGUAUGAAAUUAAGUGCAGGAAUAAACAGGAACUUCUUAAUAAUAAUACUGCUGAACCUGUCAUUGAAAUCUCGACAUAGUUGAGGUUAAUGUAAUUUAUUUAAAUAUUAUUGUUAUUUUUUGCUUGGUACUUUUUAAAGGUGAUAUUUAUAUUGAUAUAUAUUUUAGUUUGUAAUUAUUGAUCGUGAGCUUUUUUUCGUUUGUUGCGCAAAUAUUUUAUAUGUUAUUAGAUGACAUUUUUAAUUUAGC